AUGACGUCCGUAAGAAAGAGAAAGAUGAACCGUUCAUCGAUAAAGAAAGCCACCAGAAGGUUGAAAGACAGACAGAGAAAUAUCAAUAUCCAUUCCAAUCCCAUCAUAGCAGCUAACUGGGACAAAUCUUUGACAUUACAACAGAACUAUAAGCGUUUGGGAUUGAGGGCCAAGCUCGGAUCUAUGGCCGGAGGUCAAGAACAGAAAGUUGAGACUUUGACUGAGAUAAGAGCCAAAAGAGAAAAAAGUGCUAGUAAAGUCAAGCCCUCAGAUAUUGAGCAGACCGAAGAUCCAGCCCAGAUUCCUGAGGGCGAAGCUCGUUUGAUCAGAGAUGAAGAUACAAAUGAAGUAGUUAGGGUGAUCUAUGGUACUAUGAAAGUAUCAAAAGAUAGUGAAGCCAGUGAAGUGGAAAACACUCUGGUCAUAAAGCAGUUGGAAGAAUAUGCUCAAAAGAACUCACAGUUGAAGAGAGAAAGAACUGCUUCAGACAGGGAAAAUGAGUGGUUGAAAAGCUUGUACGAGAAACACGGUGAUGACUACGACAAGAUGAAGUGGGAUAAGAAGUUGAACGUGCAGCAACAGAGUGCUGGUGAGUUGAGAAGAAGAAUCACAAAAUGGAAAAAGGUCAACAGUAUUGAAUAGGCAUAUCAUAUAGCAUCAGACAUCAUUUGCAUUUCCUAAUGUACACUAGUUUCAC